CUGAUAGCAAAGUCAACUUGGCCGAGGAAGCAAGGAAAGAAGGAAAGGAAGGAAGGAAAGAAACAAAUGGGGGGUAGGAAACAGAUAAAUCCUGGUCAACUCCUUAAACAACAACCUUCCAAACGAGCGCCAAUGUCAACUCUACCUCCCGUUUCUCGGAUAUGUCGCCCAUUUGUCUCGGCCCCGAUGCCGAUGCGCAUCCAGAUCCGGCGACACGCCGCCACGCCGCCGUCUCGCCCACCUCGCGUUCAUGGGCAACCGCGCGGCGAGGCUGGCCACGCCCUGCUUCGCUUCCGGAGGCCGGUCGGCGGUCGACGCGGCCGGCGAGGACGCUGGUGGUGGCAGCGUCGGCGUCGGCCAGAUUCUGAGCUUCGACGGCUAUGAGGCGUUCGAUGGCGCCACCAUCCACGGCGUGCUGCUCCCGUCCAACCAGUCCACCGUCGGCACCGCCUCCUCCUCCCUGUCGCGCUCCGCGUCGUCGUCCUGCGACAGCUCCAGCUCCUUCUCCUUCCGCACGCUCCAGCCGGGCCUCUUCUCGGGGAGCCUGGACUACUGCGCGUCGCCGUCGUCCUCGUCCUCCGGGCCGAACUCGGGGGUCCUCUCGUCGGCGGCGUCGCGGCGGGGCGCGCGCACCGAGGAGGACAUCAUGGCGGACCUCUAUGCCACGCGGCGCCGGCGCCGGUGCCAGCUCGAGCUUGAUGAGGCCGCGUCCGUGAGCCCGCUCCUCGACCGCCUCCGCCGCGCCGUCGCGUCCGCGCUCCGCGUCGGCCGGGCCGCCAAGAAGCAGCCCGCCGUGACGACGCUGGCCACCAGCACCAACGGCGAUGGUGGAGCCAUCAGGAGCAAAGGCGUGAACGGGCACGCGGCGGAGGACAAGGUGCAGUGGGCGCGAGGGAAGGCAGGGGAGGACAGGGUACACGUCGUCGUGUCGGAGGAGCGCGGCUGGAUGUUCGUCGGCAUCUACGACGGCUUCAACGGCCCGGACGCCACCGACUACCUCGUCGCCAACCUCUACGCCUCCGUCUGCCGCGAGCUGCCCGGCGACGACCAUCCUCCGCCCGAAGACGCCGGACACGAGCAGCGGCGGCCGCCGCCGUCGUCGUGCAACGGCAGGGACAACGCCGACCUCCGGCGCCGGGGGCGGCACGGCGAGGUGCUGGACGCGCUAGCGCGCGCGCUGCGGCGCACGGAGGAGGGAUACUUCGCGGAGGCGGAAGCGCGGGCGGCCGAGUGCCCGGAGCUGGCCAUGAUGGGGUCCUGCGUGCUGGUGCUGCUCAUGAAGGGCGCCGACGUCUACUCCAUGAACGUCGGCGACAGCCGCGCCGUGCUCGCGCACCGGGCCGAGCCCGACCUCACCAGCGUCAUCAUGCCGCCACGCCACCGCCACCAGCACAGCGCCGACGGGCACGUCACGGAGGAGAUCAGGCGGCAGUUCGACGAGUGCGACAUGACGGAGCUCGUCGCGCUCCAGCUCACCAUGGAGCACAGCACCACCGCCUACAAGGAGGUGAGAAGGAUAAGGAGUGAGCACCUUGAUGAUCCUGCCUGCAUACUCAAUGGAAGAGUGAAGGGCUCCUUGAAGGUCACAAGAGCAUUUGGAGCUGGCUACCUAAAAGAGCCUAGAUGGAACAAGGCUCUCUUGGAAGUAUUUCGAGUGGACUAUGUGGGUGCCUUGCCUUACAUUACUUGCAAGCCGUUCCUCCGACACCACUGCCUCGGGCCACGGGACAAGUUCCUUAUCCUCGCCUCGGACGGCCUCUACGAGUACUUCACCAACGAGGAGGUUGUGGGGCACGUGGAGGCGUUCACCACCAGGUUCCCGGAUGAGGAUCCCGCCAAGUACCUUAGCCACGAGAUCCUCCUCCGCGCCGCCAGGCAAGCCGGAAUGGGGUUCCAUGAGUUGCUCGAGGUACGGCAAGGGGAUCGGCGACAGUACCACGACGACGUCUCCAUCAUCAUCAUCUCACUAGAGGGGAAGAUAUGGAGAUCUUCAGCCUGAAUUAAUCAUGAUCGAUUACAAACUGUAAGGGACUCUAGUGAUAGCAUACAUGGUUGCCUUAUGGUUUUCAAGGAUUAGCCCAUGAGCAGAGUAGUGCAUAACAAAAUUUUGUACUUAUAAGUGAUGGUUUUUUCUUGUUUGGAUCGUGCUUUAUAUGAUGGAAUGCCUGAUCUUGAGAUUC